GGGGGGGGGUGCCAUGGGUGUGGACGGGAAAGCCAGUGAAACAAGACCAGGGCAAGUCACUGGCCAGCUCAGACGUGUUUGUGUUUCUCUUUUCUUAGCUCAGUGAGUAUUGGGUAUGUGUCACACUGCCAAAUCCCUGAUCACAAGUCUCCAUGAACUGGUGGUGAGCUGGGAUAAUAAAACCCCUGACAUCACCAUUCCAGAAGCUUCACAAGACUGAGUAUAUAAAGGGCUGGCUGUAGCUGCGGCUGAAGGAGCUGACCAGCCAGCUGACCCCUCAACACUCACCUAGCCACCAUGGACAUCGCCAUCCACCAUCCCUGGAUCCGCCGCCCCCUCUUUUCUUUCCACUCCCCCAGCCGCCUCUUUGACCAGUUCUUCGGAGAGCACCUGUUAGAGUCUGAUCUCUUCCCAACUUCUACUUCCCUGAGCCCGUUCUACUUUCGACCGCCCUCUUUCCUGCGGGCACCCAGCUGGAUUGACACUGGCCUCUCAGAGAUGCACCUGGAUAAGGACAGGUUCUCUGUCAACUUGGAUGUGAAGCAUUUCUCCCCAGAGGAACUCAAAGUCAGGGUGCUGGGAGAUGUAAUUGAGGUGCAUGGCAAACAUGAAGAACGCCAGGAUGAACAUGGGUUCAUCUCCCGGGAGUUCCACAGGAAAUACAGGAUCCCAGCUGAUGUGGACCCUCUUGCCAUUACUUCAUCCCUGUCAUCUGAUGGGGUCCUUACUGUUAAUGGACCAAGGAAACAGGCCGCUGGCCCUGAACGUACCAUUCCCAUCACCCGUGAAGAGAAGCCUGCUGUUACUGCAGCUCCCAAGAAAUAAAUACAUUUUUUAAAAAACAAGAAAGCUUCCCACCACUGAAUGAAAACCUUGUGACUAGUAUUGAAGCUUAUUAAUGCUAAGGGCAGGCCCAAGUUAUUCACCUAAUAAAAUUAUCAUUCAGCAACAAAUAA